UUUGUUCACUUUCUAUGCUGCUGCCGAGAGAGAGAGAGAGAGGAGGAGGAGCCGGGGAAGCGGAUCAAUCUCAGCUGCUGGACGAUUCACGGGGACGGCGCUUCUCUUUCCGGUGCAGAAGGUUCCGUACUUCCGUUGAGUAGCCGAAUCGAGGGGGCGCUUGAUCUGAUCGGGCUCCGGUUGGAAUCAGGAGGAAAGUUGAUGCCAAACCCAUGGAUCGGUCUGCGCUAACGGUCGGUCCGGGGAUGGACCUGCCGAUAAUGCACGACAGCGAUAGAUACGAGCUGGUGAAGGACAUCGGGUCGGGGAACUUCGGGAUCGCCGGGCUGAUGAGGGAUAAGCAGACCAAGGAGCUCGUCGCCGUCAAGUACAUCGAGCGAGGCGAGAAGGGACCGACACGGGGCUCCUCUCCUCCUUGUCCAUCUCAGCCUCGUCGGCGACAGCUGAAGAAGAGAGCCUGUGGAAUUUUACACAGUGGCUGUUGAUCUUCGUCACCCUGUCAAUGGCCGCAGCGUGCCAUCUCCAAGCUCUCUUGAUCAGAAGCCUGAUGGCCUCGACUUUCUUCUUCCUCUUGAACCCGUAGUUGGAGAGCCUCUUCAGCCUUCUGCAAGCACUGCCAAACCAGCAAAUGCACGCAGCAGAAUUAACUGCUCUGUCUGAGUAGCCAUCAUGCUCCAGGAGCUCUUGCUGAUCUUCCAAUAGCUCACACAGCCUUCUUCCAUGCUGGCGCAUUGACUCCGGAGGAACAGCAUCCAUGCAGAAAGACAGAGGAGCUCGCAGCAUUCCUUUUCAGUGAAAGCUGAUUAAUAAGGCAGAGGCAGAGACUGCCCAAAUGGCCGAACCCGGACAAAGAGGAGGCUCGGCAAGCACCUGCUUGUCCCCACUUGGCUCUUGGAUGGCAGCAGCAACCAUGUGCCAUGCCAAGACCCAGUGGAAAAGAUUGAAUUGAUUUGGUGUAGGGAAUUGUGUUUAGCAUGCCUUCUCUACUCGAGGACUACAAGUAGUAGUAGUAGUUCAUCACUGAGCUCCUAUCCUCUCCUCGUGGACGAGGACAUGGACAGUCCAAUCCAUCCUGUUUUCAAUCAGCCAAUGUAGCUCCCACAGAGGCUACACGACAAGGGGAGCUGCACCUCGCUGGCUUGCACGGUCCCAACAUGCUCAACAGAUUACUCGAGAAAGAAUCCUAUGUUCUUAUGAGACCCUUCUCUGCUUCUCUAUAUCGGCACCGUCUCUGUUCUCUUGGCAAAAUCUGGCUAGCUAAAGCUCCAAAAAGUCUAGAAGACUGAGUUCUCUGUUUGGACUAACCGGAACGAUGAUCGCAUCCCAGGAAUCAAGUCGAAACGCAGAAGCGACAGCCUACUGCUCAAACGGAAAGGAUCUGCUCCUUGUGUGGCUCCGCCAGGCAGACGUAUCUGGAGGCUUGUCGUGGGAAUCAAGGCGACGGAAUGCGGGUCCCAGAUGACGUCACAUGCUCGUCAAAUUACGGACGGUGGAUUUUGCCCGGUUUGCGCGUUUAGAUUCGUGAGGGCGAUAGCGUUUUAAUGUCGCGACGGCGGUCAAAACCCUAGUUGGUUCGAGGACGAACGGAGUCGCUGCGAGUCGCUGCUCCGCUGCUCUCCGAGGGAUGGUACCGCGGCAUGCUCUCUUCUCCCUCAGGAGAUGUCUACAUGCCUUCGACGGCCGCGAGAGCAUUGUCUACAAGCAGUCAAUGUUCCGCCGUCCUUCGACGGUGCCUCGAGAGACCGUGUACCCACUCCGACGCUCCUGCAGCCUCAUAGGAACUGUGAUUCUCGCUCCGCGGAAGUCGGACGGUGUAGGGGCCGUUUACACUUUUCUGGAAGUGGAGGGGCCUUCUGUCAGUUCGACCCCUUCGAAAUUCCAGAUAUUACUGAACAUGUAUGACCAGCUGGCAGAAAUCUCUUUUAAACACUUAAAAGUAGACGAUUUUAUAUAUGUUCGCGGUCCUUUAAGUUCUUACGAGAAGCUCAAUGUAAAUGGACAGCUUGAAAAUAUGUACAAGGUAGUUGUUGAAGAUCUGAAUUUCGUCUAUCGUAUUGGAGAAAAUAAAAAGCCUACGAAACCCGACAAAUUAAUAAAAGAAGAAUCCACAGCACCCAUUUCCUUUGACAGUGCAGAGGAAACAAUGGAUCGCCUCCGACUAUGGCAGAUAUUCUUUGCAAAUCCACAUGAAUGGUGGGACAAUAGGGAGCAUAAACUAUAUCCAACUUCACCCGAUUUUAGACACAAGGACACUCAUGAGUGCCUGCGGCUCAUGCCAAAUGAUCCUCCUUGGAUACAAAGGCAGCUGCAACGGUAUGACUCAAGUACAGCAACUCAAUCUGACAAAGAAGAUAGAAAAUACUCAAAGGUGCGUCAGUGGGAAAUACAGGAUCUAGAAUGAAGUUGUUGCUAUGCAAGAAUUGGUUUAUCAACUCCUAUUUGUUGAGCCAAAGGUUGAUACUGAUCGGCCUUCCAUGAUGGAGUGGGAUUUGAUUUACUAUGCUGAUAAAGAAAAGAAGUAUGCUGCAGUUGUCGAUUAGGCAAAAGGAUAUAAGUCUUGUUAGGUAACCAUCCUAUCUGUUAGAACAGUGGCUGUAAGUUGAAGCUGAAUUAAACACUGAACAAAAGGAACAUGACAAUACAUUUUCUCUGAGAGAGGCCAAAUAGCUCAUCUUAUUCAUGAGAUCAAGAUGAACUCAGAAUGAUGCUAUUUGUUUUUUUAUAGGACCAUGGAAGGAAGUAUCUGCAUUGAAUGUAUAGUUUCAUAUAAUAUCAGCUCUAUAUGUUGAUCCGUAACAAAUGGUUUUGUAGUCAAUUUUGUUCAAUUUAUUAUUCUUUAUUCUUAA